CGGUGGUGUGCUCUGAAGUGGGUUUAAAUGUCAGCAACAAUAACUGUUGUUCUAUUAAAUAACACCAAGUAAUGGUGUCAUCCUAACAGGUAAAUCUGGCCGUAGGGGUUGCUGACGGUACUGAGUGUAUACUGCUGCUGCUAGAGGAGCUGGAGAGCCCCGUGAUGUGGUUUUCAGUGUGGGGGAGGAUAGCAGAGCAGAGCUACCAGCCAGAUAAACACUCAGCAUUGGUUUGCACAGCAGGAGUAACAUGGCGGCACAGUUAGCCAGCAGAAAUGUUGUUUCACUACCGCGAAGGUCAGAGCGGCGUCUGAUAAACGGGAUUUAAACAACCAGGACACAAACCCAAAAGUAUUAAAUCGCAGGGAGACGUGGAUGAUGCGUAAAGGUUUCCUAGCGUUACCGUCUUGCAGCAAUGGCCUGAGGGACUCUCUGGACUGAAACCAAGGCGCUGAUAUGCAUUGAGGAUGAGUGGAGUCGGUGAAAACCCAUCUGACCCUGCCAGGGCAGAGUCACGAAAACGCAAAGAAUGUUCUGCCGAACUUCUAGGACCCAGUCCAAAGCGGAGCAACGAGAAGCGCAACCGCGAGCACGAGAACAAAUACAUCGAAGAGCUCGCCGAGUUGAUCUUCGCCAACUUCAACGACAUCGACAACUUCAAUGUCAAGCCUGACAAAUGUGCAAUCCUGAAGGAAACUGUGAAGCAGAUCAGACAAAUAAAGGAGCAAGAAAAAGCUGCAGCAGCGAAUGAGGAGGAGGUACAGAAGGCUGAUGUCUCAUCAACAGGCCAAAGUGUGAUUGACAAAGAUGCCUUGGGACCAAUGAUGCUGGAGGCCCUGGACGGCUUCUUCUUUGUGGUAAACAUGGAGGGUAACAUUGUGUUCGUGUCGGAAAAUGUGACCCAGUACCUGCGCUACAACCAGGAGGAGCUGAUGAACACCAGCGUCUACAGCGUACUGCACGUCGGGGAUCAUGCCGAGUUCAUCAAGAACCUGCUUCCCAAAUCCCUCGUGAACGGCGUCCCGUGGUCCAGCGAGGGUCCGAGGAGGAACAGUCACACGUUCAACUGCCGAAUGCUGGUCAAUCCUCACAGCGACAACCAGGACGAGUCGCACGAGCACGAGCCUCAGCAGCAGAAAUACGAGACCAUGCAGUGUUUCGCCGUUUCGGAGCCCAAGUCCAUCAAGGAGGAAGGAGACGACUUCCAGUCGUGUCUGAUCUGUGUGGCUCGCAGGGUGCCCAUGAAGGAAAGACCCAUGCUUCCCACGCAUGAGAGCUUCACCACGCGCCAGGACCUGCAAGGUAAGAUAACGUCCCUGGAUACCAGUCUGCUGCGGGCGUCCAUGAAGCCGGGCUGGGAGGAUCUGGUGAGGCGCUGCAUCCAGAGGUUCCACCUGCAGAACGACGGGGAGAUGUCUUUUGCCAAGAGACAUCAGCAGGAAGUGCUCCGCCACGGCCAGGCGUUCAGUCCCAUCUACCGCUUCUCCCUCUCCGAUGGAACCAUCGUGUCGGCCCACACCAAGAGCAAACUGGUGCGCUCGCCCGCCACCAAUGAACCCCAGCUCUACAUGUCCCUGCACAUUCUCCAGAGGGAGCAGACGGUCUGUGGAAUGGGCCAGGACAUGGGUCCUGGCAGUCAGGCCACAGGGAUGGCUCCCAAGCCGAUGAACUCCUCCACUCCCUCCAUGACGCCUCCGACCCCAGGCAGUUUGCCAGGUUCAGGGCCUCAGGGCCAAGACACUACCAUCAGCAGCAACAGCACGCCUUUUUCCUCUCCAGGCCCUGCUGGCCCCAGAGAACCAGCAGCCAUGGGAGGUCACAUGCAGGGCUACCGUUUUGGCUGCCCUCCACCCCACAACCACACCGGGGGCAUGCAACCGCCACAGCAGGGCCCCAAUUGGAGGAUGAACAGCCCCUCUCGCGCUAGCCCCAGCCCAGCCGGCGGGCCCCAUCCACCUCAACAGAACUCUAUGCUGUCGCCGAGGCACCGAGGUAGUCCUGGGGGGGCGGGCAGCCCUCGUGUAGCGGGAGGCCUGCACUCACCCUCCCCGGUGGGGAUGUGUGGUGGAGGGCCUGGAGGUGCAGGUGGUAGUAGCACGGCUAGCACCCAUGCUAACAGCUACACUAGCAGUUCUCUGUCAGCUCUGCAGGCCCUUAGCGAGUGCCACGGUGUAGGACAUGGGCAUGGGGCCCCUCAUGCACACACACUGGGGUCUCCUGACCGAAAGAUAGGCUCCCCAGCUGGGGUCACACAAGGGUCAGGGGUGAACCCUCAUCUGAUGUCAAAACUUGGAGGAGGCAGUGGUGGCACAGGAGACUCAUUUGGACCUCACACAGACGUGGGUCAGGGGCACACCCAGAGCCAGACGGAGAGCAACCUAGCCGAGCCCAAGGAGGAGAGGGAAGGGCCCCCCGAGGGCCUCGACGCUCACAAUCGCCUUCACGACAACAAGGGCCACACCAAACUACUGCAACUGCUCACCACCAAGCCCGAGCCUCUGGAGACGCCCCUGUCCCCUGGCGCAGGAGGUGAGGGCAAGGACCAGGCAGGGACUGGGGUCCGGGGUGGCCAUGCUGGAGGGAACACUCAUGCCACAUCCCUCAAGGAAAAACACAAGAUCCUCCACCAACUGCUCCAGAACAGUACGUCUCCAGUAGACCUGGCCAAACUCACUGCAGAGGCCACAGGCAAAGAGCUGGGCCAAGACCAAGCCCAGGGAGCUGGUGGUACAGCUUCUGGGGCAGAUAUUGCUCCGAAGCAGGAGCCCUUGAGCCCCAAGAAGAAGGACAAUGCUCUGCUUCGCUAUCUACUGGAUAAGGAUGACACUGGACUGAAGGACAAGGUACCUAAGCUAGAGCCUGGGGAGGUGAAGGUCGAAGGGGGCAAACACCCUCUUGUCAAGACGGAGAAACAAGACACGGGAUACGACCGAGCUGAACAGUCGUCGGAGCUGGAUGACAUCCUGAACGACCUGCAGAAUGCUCAGCCGCAGCUCUUCUGUGAGCCGCGGCCCGUUUCGCUGCCCAGUCCCAUGGACAAACAGAACAUCAUCAAUGACAUCCUGCAGAUGUCCGAGACCAAUCCUGCCAUGGCAGCGCAGCAGCAACAACACAGGGGCAUCGCGGCUGGCAUGGGCCCAACCAACUUUGCCGGUGUCCGACCAGGCCAGCCAGCCAGGGGUCUGCCUGUGAGGAGCGUGUCUCUGGACAUGAAUGUGUCCCCCCAGCAGGCCUCAUUACAGUACCCCAUAAGGGCCACUAGCCCGUACACUCUUAUGCAGCAGCAGCAGCAGCAAGGCAUGGUGGGAAGUCACGGCAUGAUGGCUAACCAGGCCGGUAUGGUCAGCACAGGACUGAUGGCUCAAGGUGGUCCACGGCCAGGCAUGCAGCAGCAGCAGCAAGAGGGCUGGGUGGGUUCAGCCUCUGCGCCUCCUCUGGGAGCGAACGGCCCCGGGCAGCAAGGUCCCAUGCAGGGCAGGAUGGGGCCGAACGGGGCACCCAUGAGGCCCAACAGCCAGCCAGGGCCCCGACAGAUGCUCCAAUCCUCAAUGAUGGCCAAUGCCCAACCUGAUAUGGAUAUUGGUAUGGUCACCCACCAUUUCUCCCAACAACAGGCUCCACCCAACCAGACAGCCCCCUGGCCAGACAGCAUGAUGCCCAUCGACCAGACAGCUUUUGUAAACCAGACCAGGCCGGUGCACUCGGCGCCCCCGGAUGAAUUGCUGUGUAGUACGGGGCACGGAUCUGGUGAUGGCAGCGGAGUAGACGAGGGGGCCCUGAUGUCUCAGCUGUACACCGCACUUAAAGAUUUUGAUGGCCUGGAGGAGAUUGAUCGUGCUCUGGGGAUCCCUGCGCUGGUAGAACAGAACCAAACACUGGAGCCAGACCAGUUCCCCCAGGACCCCUCCAUGAUGAUAGACCAAAAGCCCCCCAUGUACACCCAGCAGUUUGGUCCCCCGCCAUCCCACAUGGCCCAAAGGGGCUACCCUGGUGCCCCCAUGCAAGAGCCGGCCUUCCACCCCAUGGCUGGCCAGAUAGGUCCGCGCCCUGGUUACCCCAUGAUGAGGAUGCCGACUCGGCCCGGUCUCAGGCCCGCUGGGGUCGUCCCCAACCAGCCCAACGCACUACGGCUACAGCUACAGCACCGGCUACAGUCACAGCAGAACCGUCAGCCAAUGAUGACUCAGAUGAGUAGUGUGUCAAAUGUGAACCUACCUCUCAGAGCCAGUAAUCCUAACCAGGGGACCAUCAACGCCCAGAUGUUGGCACAGCGUCAGCGGGAGCUGCUGAGUAAUCACCUGAGACAGAGGCAGCAGCAGCAGCAGGCCCAGCAGGUCCAGCAGCAGAGGAGCAUGGCCAUGAGGGCCCAGGGCCUCAACCUGCCUCCCAACAUGGCCGCGGGAGGCAUGAGUAACCCCCGGAUCCCCCAGGCCAACCCCCAGCAGUUCCCCUACCCGCCCAGCUACGGUACCAGUACAGGCCUGGCCUCGCCACCUCCCCCUACCAGCCCCUUCUCCUCCCCUCUCUCCCCCAGCCUGCCCUCUCUCCCCCCCAACCCUCAGCUCCACAUGCAUGGCACCUCCUCCUCUUCCUCCACCUCCUCCUCCUCCUCACAGAUGAUGAUGGGAAACACAAACAUGAUGGGCGGACAGUACGGGGCCGUACUCAGCCCCCAAAUGCAGCACAGUGCCUUUCAGUUUCCCAACUCAGGUAUGAGCCAACAGGCAGACGGAGGCUUCGGAGGUCCCGGCGCGCCACAGAGCCCCCUGCUUUCUCCCCGCAUGGCCCACACACAGUCCCCGAUGAUGCAGCAGGGCCAAGGAAACGCUGCUUUCCAGGGCUCCCCUGACAUGAACGGCUGGCCACAGGGCAACAUGGGAGGCAACAGUAUGUUCUCACAGCAGCAGGCAUCGCCGCAGUUCACCCAGCAGAGUAACAGCAACAUGUACAACGGCAACGGCAUGAACCUCAACAACAUCUCCAUGGCCAGCAACAUGGCAACCAGCAGCAUGAGCAGCAUGGGCCAGAUGGUCGGACAGAUGAGUGUCACGUCCAUGGCCUCAGGGCCCUCACCCGGCUUGCCCUCCAUGGGGCAAGAACAGAAAUACUGUUGACCCUCAUGGAGUUGUUAACCUGAACCUCAGUGAUCAGCUGGAGCAAGGAGCGCGUCGGCCCUUUAAAAAUUGUACAAACAUGUAACCAACCGACUGCCCCUUGAGCCAGCCAGGCCGUGCCCUGACCCCGUCUCCCCAGCCCAGGUUUGCCGUCUGUCCCAGCUGGGCCUCUUCGGCCGCCCCGGAGGAGCCCGGCCCCGAACAGACAACGGGAGAUUGAGGAGGGCUGGGGAAGGGAUGGUGGAUUCUCUGUCCAACAUGCCUAACCCCUCCUGGAGGAGAGCCUUGUGAUGAGCCAGUCUGUCUGCCUGUCCAGCUGCAUUCACCGUAGUGUGACUUACUGUAGGCCUCCCGGUGGGGGACACUGACCUAAGGGGGGGCAGCAGUGGGUGGGAUCCCUUGUUCUGAUGAAUGUAUUCCUCUCAGUGGACAGCGGCCAUUUACAAUCUCAUCUCAAAAAAAAAAAAAUGACGUACACUGAUUUUUUUCUUUUCUCACACAUUUGUGACAUUUCCACAUAGUUCCAAAAUGGCAGCAAAGACUCCACGUUGUGUUCAAAUCCAUGGACGGAGCUCAAACACUUAGCCGGUUUUGCCUUUUUUUGCUGUUCUUUAUUUUAUUAUUAUUUUAGUUGUUGUUGUUGUUGUUGUUGUUGUUUUUCUUGUUGUGAGAAUUUAAGAUGUAGAAUGAAGAUGUGGUUGAAAAAACUGAUCUUGAAAAAACACUGCAGAAGAAUGGUUUGAGUGGAAAUGGUGAUUUGUAUGAUUAGACUAAUUUAGUCAAGAGGUUUAUAUAGUGUAUUAAAUUAAGUUUUAUUUUUCUGUAUAGAUUCAUUUUAAUUAUUGUAGAUUCUUUAUCCUAGUAGCAACAAGAAAAAAAGAUUUCUAAAAGUGUGAAAGAGGCACUUUUUUUUAUAAUUUUAACAGUAAUGGUUGUAUUCUUUUCUGAGAAGAUUCUUCUAUUAACCUGAAUUAUGGAUUAUACUUUGGUCCUGUAGUUUCAGAAGAAGAUGUCAAAAUCAUAUAUGGUUUAAAAAUGAAUUACAGAGAUUGUACAUACCAAUAAGUAAAACAUUUUCUUUCCUAUUUAUUUUAUUCCUUAGGGUUUUGGUUCCCCCGUCUGGUCACAAACUGCCUCUUGAAGCAGAGCAGGGUUUUUUUUUGUUUCUUUUUGGGAAGUGGAGUGGGAGCCUUCACGUUCUGGUACGAUGCAGACGGGUGCGAGUGGGAGGUCGGGGAGGGGUUGUAAGGGGGUGUGCUGUGUAUACAGUGUACAGAUUAUCGCUUGCUUCUCUGCCUUUAGCAUAGAACACCACAAAAAAAGAAAGAAAAAAAAAAAAGACAAAUCCAACACAGCCAUACAAUAACUCAAAAAAAAAUAACAGAAGUGUGCUUUCUAUGUUGUCUGGAGUGAAAAAUGCUUCAUACAAGCUGCUAGGUGCAAACUGUUCUGGUGUGAUGUAAACAAGCAAUAACGAUUACUUGAGAAUCUCUUGGGGUUGUUUUUUUUGUUUUUGUUUUUUUUUUGUAAUUUUUGUACAGUUUCCUGAAAAUAAAAAGGACACAUUUUUGCUCCACGUUUGGAUGCAGUAUUAAACACAGUUUUUUAUUGCAGUUUGUACCAAGAAAGUCUACAUCAUCCACACACAGCGUUCCUAUUAGAUUAUGCAGCGUUGGCCGAGGCCUCCAGAGAGGGAAGUAAGUUUGUGGUCCCCUUGUUGACACACGCCCUCUCUGCCUCCAGCCACUCUUCUAUAGCAGAGGUCAGAGUUAAGACUGCGCGCUUCAUGAGCCCUGCUCUGACAAGACACUUAGCCAUAUUUUAUGACCUCAGGCAGUUAGUUCAACUAUAAAGUGUUCAGUAAUGACAUGCUAUUCUUGUGCCCCAGUAGGGGUUUGGUUUAACCUUCACAAGAUCGAAAGCAAGUCAUCUUCUCUAACCUCAAAAAAAAAAUACAUUUUCCUCAAAAAAAAACUAAACUUUUUAUAACUAUUUUAACCCUGCAGGACAGACUUGGAGCAAGCCAAAUAAUCCUCACCUUUCAAUUGGAUUUCUGAAUUCAACCAGCUUUUAUUUUCAUAGUGAGAGACGACCUGUUGUUAGCUUUGAGGCCCACUGAAAAAAAUGAAAUUUAUGAUGUCACUUAACAGGGUCCUAAUGUAGAUGUUGCAACGUAAAACAGGAAGAGAGUCAUUCUGAAUGUAUUGUCUUUAAAGGCCUAACGAUGUGACUGAUGGUGUUUUAUCUCAACAUGUUGACAACGUGGUGUUGUACAGUUGCACCGCGCUCUUCUCAGCAUUUAGAUAUAGGAAGUUGCCCGUUGUUGCUUCUUUUUUUUGCUUCUUGUGUAUAUGGAAUUUGAAGCUGUAGCAACAAGUCAACUUUGGGACAAAAAGUCUGCAUUAAUGUUUUGGUUUGUCAUCAUUGCAGAUGUCCUGCAGUUGUCUUGCUGUGCAGGAGAUCACACUUUGUUUUGAUAAAUGCUGUUUUGAUUGUGCAGAACAAGCCUUUUUGAGCCAUUUUAAAAGGAUGAUCCACAGCCCUUUGCAAAUUUCCAAAGAUUGUCAAGAUUUUGAAAAAGCCAUGUGGUAGCAAUGCAUUUUUUAGCAUUUAUAAUGAGGACAGGUGCAAAUAAAUGCCCCUUACAAAUAUCCAGGCUUUGGACCCACUAAACGAAAAAUAUUUUUCUUUUCUCUUUAACUUAUUUUAAGUUUUGAAGAACUUUAAAUGCCCUUUUGUAUUGUCUGCCAAUUUCUUAGAGCUAAGAUGCAACCUUGAAAUGCUAAAAACCCUAGCAUAAUGCCUUAGAUUUCGUCCGUUCUCGUUCUUGUACAUUACACCGCUGUCUGUAUAAAUUUGUAUAAUGACUUGUGUACAAUAUUGAAUGGGUGCAUCAUCGCUCGGUCACAGUUGAACUGUCCCUCAUCAUUGCUCUCUGUUCUGUGUUGGGUUGAAGACUCUGUUAUUUCAUUUCCCCCCCUCCCUCACUGUUUGUAUGGAAAAGAUGAUACAUAGGGAUAUUGAAGCAAUAUGUAAUAUACUAUAUGGACUUUCUGAAGAAAGCUUACUGUUGUGUUUUCUCCCCCUCCCCAGAUAUUUUUUUUCUGCAUUGUUCACAGGAAUCACACUGUAUACCUGCAUCCACCUUUGUACCCCUAGUGUGUGUGAGCGUUUUAUGCAAAAUUAGAUAUACAAGAGAAGUUAAAACCACAGUUAUGCAAGUUGUGAACUAAUAUGGCUUCGCUGAUGCUAUUUGCCUUGUAAAUAAAGAAUUCUGUUAUUGCAGUA